GACAUAAAUUAUCAAAUAAACAAAAGCAAAAGCAUGUUUAAACUCUGUCUCGUUCUAAUCUUGCUUAUUGCAAUAGAUGCAAGUCCGGUUCAGUCCGGUUCUCUUAGUUGCUCCGGGAAUAUAUCAGCGAGCGAUGUCGAUCGAGUUCAUUUCGCGCUGAACUUGGAGUUCACCGAGGCCGAGUUCUUCUUGAAAGGGGCUACCGGAAAAGGACUCGAUGAGUUUAACGCUACCCUUGCUAAAGGCGGACCACCGCCGGUAGGGGCCAAGAAAGCCAAUCUUGAUCCUAUAACUAAACGAAUCAUCGAGGAGUUUGGUUAUCAGGAAAUCGGUCAUCUUAGGGCGAUUACGGAUAUGACGGGAGGAAUUCCGCGCCCGCUAAUAAAUCUGACGAGAGAGAACUUCGCAGUGUUUAUGGACAGAGCGGUUGGACGCAGAUCUAAUCCGCGGUUUGAUCCUUAUGCCAACUCACUCAACUAUCUCUUAGCUUCAUACUAUAUCCCUUAUGUUGGCCUUACCGGUUAUGUCGGAGCCAUCCCUUACCUUGUCUACUUCAAUAUCAAACGGCUAGUGGCGGGUCUACUAGGGGUGGAAUCGGGUCAAGACGCAGUGAUAAGGACGCUUCUGUACGAGAGACAGAACGAGACGGUGGAGGAAUACGGCGGUGUCACGGUGGCUGAGCUGACCAAUGAGAUAUCUAACCUCCGUAACGAACUCGGUAUGUGCGGGAUCAAGGACGAAGGCUUGUGCGUGCCGUUGUGGCUAGGAGCGGAGAAUCGCACCACCAGCAACAUCCUCUCUGCUAAUCCUUACUCUCUCUCUUAUGACCGGACAGCGCAAGAGAUCCUCAGGAUUAUGUACGGCACCGGCGAUGAGCACCGACCCGGCGGGUUUUGGCCGUGUGGUGCCAACGGAAGGAUCGCUAGGAUGUUUCUUGAUGAAGGGUGUUAUGGUGAUUGCGUUUGUUCAGAUGACAACUAGAUAUUUCCAUUGAUACAUACACUAGAAAAUAAAAUCGGGAUUAAGAU